UUUUCAGCUAUAAAUCCUGCAGGAGGAGAAAGAUUUCCAUUCCAGUCCACUAUCACUUGAUUGGUUUUGAUUGCCUUUCCUACAGCAGACUUCUAUCAAGAUGCCAUCCCAGCUGGAAGGUGCCAUGGAUUCACUGAUCCACGUCUUUCACAAUUAUUCUGGAAAAGAGGGAGAUAAGUACAAACUCAACAAGGGCGAACUGAAGGACCUUCUACAAAGUGAACUGGGAAAUUUCCUGGUGUCUCAGAAGGACCCAUCUCUUGUGGACAAUAUAAUGAAAGAUCUUGAUUCCAACAAAGAUAAUGAGGUGGAUUUCAAUGAAUUUGUUAUUUUAGUUGCAGCUCUGACUGUUGCCUGCAAUGAGUUCUUUGAAGAGCAGCUUAGAAAACAAGGGAAAGCCAAGUAG